AUGUCCUUCAUGCCUUCCAACUCGAAAUCCCCAUGGACAACGCUACAAUUACCUGCUGCUAUGCAUGCGCUAUCCGACCUGACGUAUCUGCACACGGGCACGCCGAACCCCGCAAACGCCGCAAAUCUCUACGGCAUUCUGGCGUGCUCCGCCUACCAUAUGGCCGCUAUCCAGCCGCCUCCGCGAGAACGCCAAGAUACACAUGCAGUUUUGCUGCGUGAGGAACUGGAAAGUGCAGGAAAAGCAAAGUACAAAGACCAGCUCAUGGCUCUGUUGAGCUUACUCGCAUUCACAAGCAUGUCCGGACACCAAAGGGAUGCGCGAUGCUACAUGGUAGAUGCGGAGCGCCUUCUCCGCAUGAAAGGCCUUGCGAAGCGCGACAUAGCCCGGAAAUGCCGACUGCUGCACCACGUAUACACGCGGAUCCGCAUUUGGAGCGCCGCACAUCGAAGCGGGAGAUUGCACAGGAACCGCGAGAAAUGGGCAGAAACAUCCAGCUCAGGCCACAACGCGCAUUUAGACGACUUCCUCCGCCUAGAGACCCACGCCGCAGACAGCGACCUCGACAUUGACGAGGUCAAAGGCCCCGAAGGCGGCCUUCGCGACAUCCACCUCGAGGACUCCCGCCAGUUCACCGGCACGAUGUACCAUAUCCACGGCAUCCCAGAAACGUGGCUAGGUCUCGUCUCGCCGACGACGCGCCUAGCCAACAUUCUCGACGCUACAAAGUACGGGAAGGGGACCGGCGCCAGCUUCCUCAAUUUCCUGCAGCGGCGCGCUAGCUGCUUGGAGAAUAUCAUGUGCUCGUUCGCACUCAAGGACGCCGCCAGCGAAGACGAAGAUGGGGUUGAAUGUGUCACGGAACAGCAGGAGCCCAACUACCACGUGCUGCGCGCCAUGAACUCGGCUCUAGUCAUCCUCUUCUACCGCCGCGUCCGGAACGUGAACCCGCUCAUACUGCAGGGGCAUGUAGGCGCGGUGGCCCAGUCGCUGAAGGCAUUUGACGCAGCAAUUGCGCGCCACCAGGCUGGAGGGCCGGGCUCGGCAUGGCCAGCUUUCCUUCGCGGGAUGUGA